UGUUUUUGUUGGUAAAUAAUAGUGAUAAUCUUUUUCACGCGAUUAUCUUUUUGCUUUUUUGCAUUUGCAUCGAAUGAUUGUGUAAUUUAUAGCUUAAUUGAAAUAGCUAAAACUUGUAAAAUGCCGGCUGAUCUUUUGGGAUAUGCAUACGCCGCAACGGUGGCCGCUGGAGGUCUUGUUGGCUACAUAAAAGCAGCGUCCGUGCCAUCGCUUGCCGCCGGGCUGACCUUUGGGGUUAUUCUUGGGUACGGUGCAUUUUUGAGCUCGCAACAGCCGCCCCGACCGCUGCUGCAGAUUGGUACUUCUUUAGUACUGGCCGGCAUGAUGGGUUCCCGGUGGGCUCGAUCGGGUAAGUUUAUGCCCCCAGGAAUCGUGUGCGUUAUUUCCUGUGCUAUGCUAGCCCGGGGACUAUUAUUCCACAAUCGUUAUCUACCACUUAUUGGCAAGACGGAAUAGGUUGAUUAGUCGAAAGAGCAUCGAUGGCAUAUUUGAAGAAAAAUUUGCUGCUGAGGUGAAGGUAUUUUGUAGUUUGUAAGGUUGGGUAAAGUUUGAUGAAUACAGAUAAAGUAUUUCUUUA